UUCGGGAUGGCGAAUAGAAACGAGAGCGGCGAAGGGCCGGCUGGGCCCAUGGCAGCAGUGGUGGCUACGGCAGGAGGUAUGGUCGCAGAGAACCCGUCUUCGGCUGUCUCUACCUAUAUCAAACUGGUGCUGCUGGGGCUGAUCAUCUGCAUCAGCCUGGUGGGCAACCUGGUGGUGUCCCUGCUCGUACUGCGGGACCGAGCCUUGCACAAGGCACCGUACUACUUCCUGCUGGACCUGUGCCUGGCCGACACCAUUCGCUCAGCCAUCUGCUUCCCCUUCGUGCUGGUGUCUAUAAAGAAUGGCUCGGCCUGGACCUACAGCGUGCUGAGCUGCAAGGUGGUGGCCUUCAUGGCAGUGCUCUUCUGCUUCCAUGCCGCCUUCAUGCUGUUCUGCAUCAGCGUAACACGCUACAUGGCCAUUGCACACCACCGCUUUUACUCGAAGCGCAUGACGUUCUGGACAUGUGUGGCGGUGGUGUGCAUGGUGUGGACACUGUCGGUGGCAAUGGCUUUCCCGCCAGUUUUUGACGUGGGCACCUACAAAUUCAUUCGUGAGGAGGACCAGUGCAUCUUUGAGCAUCGCUACUUUAAGGCUAAUGAUACGCUGGGCUUCAUGCUAAUGCUGGCUGUGCUCAUUCUAGCCACGCAUGUUGUCUACAUGAAGUUACUCCUCUUUGAGUACAAGCACCGUAAGAUGAAGCCGGUCCAGAUGGUGCCGGCUAUCAGUCAGAACUGGACGUUCCACGGGCCGGGGGCCACUGGCCAAGCGGCAGCCAACUGGAUUGCGGGCUUUGGCAGGGGCCCGAUGCCGCCGACUCUGCUGGGAAUCCGUCAGAACUUGCACAACCAGAACCGGCGCCUGUUGGGCAUGGAGGAGUUCAAAGCGGAGAAGCAGCUUGGCAGGAUGUUCUACGUGAUCACCCUGCUGUUCCUGGUGCUCUGGUCUCCCUACAUAGUGGCUUGCUAUUGGAGGGUGUUUGUCAAGGCUUGCACAAUACCACACCGGUACCUCUCCACCACCGUGUGGAUGAGUUUUGCCCAAGCCGGGGUCAACCCUAUUGUCUGUUUCUUCCUUAACAAAGACUUGAAGAAAGGGCUCCUUUCCCACCUACCAGCCUGCUGCAGGACUAAACCUCAUCUGCCACGAGAGCCUUAUUGUGUCAUGUAA